AUGUUACGCACUACUGCUUCUCAACCGCGUGGGGAAGAGAGAAGAGAAAAGACGAGACUGAAGGAAGUCACUUUUACAAAACUGAACGCCACAGAAGGGUUACCUAAAGCAAAUAAGACAUACAUCAAAGAGAUGCUGAGGCACAGCGUGCUCUCCCUGGCAGUAUGUGCGAAAAUAACCAAGAAUAAGAGAGAGGGACAGGAGGGUGGCCCAGAUGAUUAA